CCCCUUUCAUGCAGCAUAUCACCCCGCGGAAGUUGGUGUGUGUGAAGUGGAGUAAAAAAGGGGAUGUUGAAGUAGCUUUUAAACACUUCGACAUUUUUCUGGACUGUUUUUAUAUUCCGUUGCAGAAACAGAAGGACGUCUAGUAGAGCAUAAUGUUGGAGUGCGGCAUGCAGGAGCAGGACAGACGGGCUCUGCAGAGAAACGCUGCUGUCCUCUGCAAACAGCUGGUGGUGGACGAGGUGUUCAUUCAGCUCUUACAGGCAGACAGCAUCCUGACUGAGAGCAUGGCAGAGGGCAUCAUGGCCGAGCGAACAUCUCAUAAACGAAGCUUUUCUUUACUCCUACUCCUGCCGAAGCGAGGGCCCAGGGCGUUUAGCAGCUUCUGUUCAGCGCUGCAGGAAACUGAGCAGCAGCACCUGUAUGACCUGCUCAGACAAUCAACAGAGAAAGAAAGCAAGCAGACACCUGUUAAGACGUCCUCAGUAGACAGAGAAGAGGAGAACAAGGUGAGCAGCAGCUCAUCAAGCCCAGUUCGAGCGUCAGAUAGCUGCCUGCCCUCAGAGUCACCAGUCAGAGGAUUGGCUCCAGUCAGGGAGGAAGACAGGAGCACAGAGAGACAGAGGACAAAGAAGAAAAGAGGACGAGAGGAGCAGACAGAUAGGUCUUCCCUUCCACUUCCCACUCAGGAAGAAGUGAAUGCCAAGAGAGCGAGGACACAGGAGUCCAUGGAGUUGAGUCUGGAUGCGGACAGUCCCAUCAACACUCCUGUGCUCCCGUGCACUCACGAAUUUUACCUCUCUCACUGCCAGCAGUCUUACGGAGUUAAUUCGUCACCUCGUGGUUUGGCGUUGGUGAUCAGUAACGUGACCUUUGACCCCUGCGCUGCGCCUGAACUCGACACUAGGAAGGGAGGGGAGGUGGAUGACGAGGUCCUGAGGAAGGUCUUCACAGAGCUGGACUACAAGGUCACCGUCCACAGAGACCUCACUGCUCAGGACAUGAGGAAGUGCAUUGAGAGCUUCACCCGUCGGCCGGACCACCGGACAGUGGACAGCUGCGUGGUGUGUCUGCUCUCUCACGGAGUGGAGGGAGCUAUAUACGGCACGGACGGACAACUCCUCCAGCUGGACUGGGUGUUUGAGUCCUUUGACAACGUGCGCUGUCCACUGCUACAGAACAAGCCCAAGAUGUUUUUUAUCCAGGCCUGCAGAGGAGAGGAGAUGGACUGUGGCGUGGAGCAGAGCGAUGGGCCGGAGAGGACCUGCUCCCCCAGCUGCGAACAGAGGGAUGCUGGGAGAGAGGGACAGGGGGACGCCACCUCCAGACAGAGGGGGGAUCCGAGGAUCAAACUGCCCCAGCGCUCGGACAUGAUCUGUGGCUACGCAUCGCUUAAAGGUCAGAGCAUUUGCACUGCAGCCAUGAGGAACACCAAGAGAGGAUCCUGGUUCAUCCAGGAGCUGAACUCCUCCCUGCGCCUCAACGCCAGAGACACUCACCUGGCAGACAUCCUGGUGCAGGUGAACGGGCGUAUUAAGGAGCGGGAGGGGUACGCUCCAGGCACCCCCCACCACCGCUGCAAAGAGAUGUCGGAGUUCACCAGCUCUUUGUGCAAAGACCUCUACUUUUUCCCCAAGUACCAGCCGCAGUAUUGACAUGCAAAUAUGCACAUAACAACACACACACACAAACACACACACACACACACACACACACAGAGCAUUCCUCGCAUUGAAGCCACUAACAGUUCAUUCCACUCCAAUUACUGCCACACACUCGCACAAUCCUCUCUGUUACAACAGGAUGUGUUCAUUUAUAUGUUCUGUAUAGAUCCAUGCACACAAACCCAGGAAGGGAAAACAGAGCCAGCUUAUGUUAAUCCACAUGUAUGAGUACACAGUGUGUGUGUGUGUGUGUGUGUGUGUGUGUGUGUGUGUGUGUGUGUGUGUGUGUGUGUGUGUGUGUGUGUGUGUGUGUGUGUGUGUGUGUGUGUGUGUGUGUGUGUGUGUGUCUGUGUGUCUGUGUGUGUGUGUGUGUGUGUGUGUGUGUGUGUGUGUGUCGAUGCCAGUUAGAGGGUUUAGUUGAUGAUCCUUUUUUAGUCAAAGACAGAAUUCUGUUUUGUUUUCCUACUGCACAGCUACUUUGAGGAUUCACUCUCUAUCUCUGUCUUUUUAAAAAUGUAUUUUCUACACAGGUCUAUUUUUGUUGCUUUGUUUUGUAUGGAAUAGUUUUUAUAAGGAUUUAUAAGCCCGUCGUCUUUAUCUGUAUAUAAUGUUUGAUUGUAAUUUCCUGUUUUGUAGCAUGGUGACAGGCAGGGGGCAGCACAUGGUCUCCUUUUCCCUCAAUGUUAUCCCUGUGUGCAGUUUAGAAAUGAUCUUUAUUGUCAUGAUUUCAACUUUUACUUUAGCUGUAAUAGUGAUGAUUUACCAGCCUUCUUUUGUGCAGCAGAAAUUUUCCUCACCAUUUCUUCCUUAAGAAGAGGAGAAAACAAACAGGGCAGCUUCAGAACAACACCUUGAAAUGUUUCAUUUAUUUUCAUGCUUUACUUUGACGACGUUCAAUCAGAAAAAGUCAGCUUUUUUUAAUCCUAAAUGUCUCCAAUGGCCCCCACUGUACAUUACUGUAGAUAUGUCAGGGUGGGGGGGCUGCUGGGGAAUGUGGUGCUACUUGUGUGGUCUUCCUCCAACCGUGUGAACUCUGACCUUUACGCUGACUCCUAAUAGUGUGUCUCCUUAUGUGGGAGCUGCACACACUCUGUCAUUUUACUGUAGCUCGUACAGUACGGAUGUGUUUGUCUUCCAUUAGCAAUAUGCAGGUUUUCUACUGCAGCCUGUGCCACGUGACGACGGUCGUUGAGAUGAAUUUAAGACCCUGGAGCUUUCAGAGUAUAUAGAAUAUAUUGACAAUCCAUUCCUGUGUGAGCAUUGAUGUCCCAGAGGAGCCCUGAUUCGAGGAAGUGUUGUUUACAACAGUGUUGUAGUAAAGAAAGAGUGUAUGGGCCGGACAGUAUUGAUUGUUAACCACCUGUAAAGCUGUGUCUUAGGUUUUGUUUUCUGUAAUAAUCCAAACACAAACAUUGGAGUAAGAGGUGUACUCUCCUGCAGGGUGAGACUGUUUGAAGGUUGAUGUUUGCUGCCAAAGCUCUGCUGUUGUUCCAAGAGAUUUUAUUUCGGUCAAUGACUGCCAAGUGUUCCACACAAUAAACGGACCAAUGAUUUUAAAACAA